GGCUUAUGUACAAGUGUAUCAUCAGAAAUCCAAGUAGUAUUGCUAAUUAGUUGAAAAUUCAAAUGGAUAAAUUAGAAGAUGUGUUCAUUUCUGAAUAUUUUAAUAGUUACGAAACUAAGAGUUUCGACAAAUCAGUUCUAGGGUCAAUGAACGACUUCACAGGACGACAGCUCAAAUCUCCAUGCGCUUGCAAUAGGAAAUGCUACGAAAAAAUCUCGAAUCAAUAUCGCCAAAAACUCUUCGAGAAUUUACUGAACCUAUCUCGUGAUGGCCAAAAACAAUUUAUAUCCAACCAUAUGCAAAUUUUCAUCCCGAUUAGACAAAGGAUUCAAGACUCGAGACGGUCCGUUAGUCGAUCGUACUUCUUUCCCACAGCUAAUGGUCCGAUAAAAGUUUGCAAACCAAUGUUUAUGAGCACAUUCGACAUUAGUGAUAAAAAAAUACGAAUGUUGGCUGCCGACAAGGAAAUUGAGGAUGUAAGCCCUCGAAAAAGGAGAAGAAAAGUCCAGGACUACAUCACCUCAGACAAUAUCUGUGAAGAAGAUAUUUGCAUAUCAAAUGCUACAGAACAGCAGUUGUCCGAUGAGAAGUUAGAGUUGCCGAGAAAGUAUGAAAUUGAAGAUACUGAGGUGACCUACUCUAUUAGCGAUAUUAAAUUAGAUUUGGAACAUUUACAAGGAUAUGAAAUCAAUGAGUGCCACAGCAAUGAGGAAAGAAUUUUGAAUAAAUCUGUUCAACAUUGGCGUGAAACACGUGGGUACAGUUUUAUUCGUGCUAAUGGAUUGGAAGUCCCGGCAAGACAUCUUAAGCCAGCCUGCUCUUGUCGGUUAUUGUGUUUUGAAAAGUUUCCAACCAAAUCGCGUCAAAAGAUACUCGAUGAAUUGCUAAAACUCUCUGCUUCAAAUCAGAAUCGUUUCCUUGCAAGUCACUUCCAACUAAAAAUAUCCAAUCGGAAUUCUAAUUCCCCAUGUCAAUACGUUUACUUUCUUCCGGCAAACUAUGGCAUGGUUGAAGUCUGUAAAGAAAUGUUUUUGAACACCUUUGAUAUUCAAAAUGAAAAAUUGCCAGGCCUGAUAGCGAAAAAAAGUGCUGGUGAGUAUAUUUUUGAUGAGUUUGCUCUGGAAAAGCCGUUUAAGACGGAAGAUAAUCAAGAAACAAAUGAACUGGAAAGUGGUGUUGAAGAAACAGCAAUGGUCCACCAAAACAUAAAAAUAAAAUUGGAAAAAUUCGACGAUGAAGUAUUUGAUAAUAUAAAUCAACAGCUUGGUGCAUUAAAUAGUGAUAAUUACGAAGCCAGAAUAUUGAAAGAAGAACCGAACAUUAUGACGGAAGCAUACCCAAUGCUUCAGGAGCUACAGACAAAUUACAGUACAGAACAAUUGGUUGACGAAAAUGUAGCUAAUUAUAUGCAACGGUAUGAAAUCAGUGAACAUCAGAAAAGUUCGUCUAAACGACAAGAGCAACGUCGACGCAGAGAACGCGGUUGGAGUUAUAUUCGCACCGACGGUUCAAAAGCUCCACCUCGACAAAUUAAGCCUGCCUGCAGUUGCCGAAGGUUUUGCAAUGUUAAAAUCCAGAACGAAUCUCGACAAAAGUUGCUGGACAACUUGCUGAAGCUUUCAUUCGAUGGUCAGAAUCAUUUCCUGGCUUGCCACAUGAAAAUUAUGGCAACGAAGCGGCAAACCCGAGCAUUCUCGAGACGCCAAUUUAGCUAUGCUUAUUACAUGCCAGUCGAAGCCGGAGUGAUGAAAGUUUGUAAACAAUUCUUCAUGAACACAUUUGACGUUGGAGACAAAAAGAUGCGCCUUUUAGCAAUGAGGAAAGACUAUCCUGAUGUGAUUGUUUUGGAUGAAAAUGGCACUGCCCAUGAGCUGAAGGAACAAGUUCAUGUGGAUUUCAGGCAUGAAGGCCAAAAUUCAGAUCAUGACGAUGACGAUCUACAAACCGCUUUCCCUAACGAAACAUAUUACGGUGGGAAUCUCCGAGAACAACAGAACUAUGGCGACAAUUUGGUUUAUCCACAUUUCCGUCACCAUGAAAAUAAUAGUAGUUAUUGCCCUGAAAAAGAAUCAUCUGUAGACGCAGAGCAACUCCGUCGAAGGAAAAGAGGAUAUAGUGAUAUUCUACCAAGUGAGAGUGUGAUAUCAACAAAAAGGAUGAAACAUACAUUUGACGUUACGGAAGCAAAUCCCGAAACAUCAAAGAUGCUGUCAGAAGAAAAGGUAGAAAAGGAAGUAAUGGAAGAAAAUAAGCUUGAAACGUUGAGCAAUAACGAAAAUAGCUUAAACAGGAUCCUUUUAGAGGAACAGAUAAAAAAGGAAGAUAAUCAGGAAGAGAAAGAUUGGAUCAAUGCAUUCGAUGAUUGCAUUGAUACAACGUUGAGGAUACAUUAUGAAGGUCAGUCACUGAAAUUGGAACCGAAUGAUGAUGAAGUGAUCGAUGAUGCAAGGAUCGGCGACCUGAGUCUCGAUCGUUACGGAAAUAACUCGGUAAAUGUCGAAGCAUAUCCUAUACUUCAAGAAUUACAAACAUUUCGUAAUUUCGAACAACUGGUCAAUACAAAUGUAGCUAACUAUAUGCGACGGUACGAAAUUAGUGAAUGUCAGGAAGUUUCAUCUGAACGACAAAAACAACGCCGACGCAAAGAACAAGGUUUGAGCUAUAUUCGCGUGAACGGUUCGGCAGCUCCACCUCGACAGAUCAAAUCUACAUGUAACUGUCGAAUGUUCUGCCAUUCUAAACUGUCCGAUGAAUCUCGCCAAAAAUUGCUGGUUAAUCUGUUGAAACUUUCAUUCGAUGGUCAAAACAAUUUUCUGACUUGUCACAUGAAAAUUAUCAAACCGAAACGUUGUCGCAAAAUUACUUCAAAGCGUCAUUUUAGCUAUAUUUACUAUAUUCCAGUCGAAGCGGGAAUAAUGAAAGUAUGCAAAUUAUUUUUCCUGAAUACUUUUGACAUUGGACACAAAAAGCUACGACUUUUGGCAUUGAAAAAAGAUUUUGAUGGAGUCGUGAUUUUGGACAAUAAUGGCGUUGCUCACGAGCUGUUAAAACCGUCACCUUUAUGCGAUAGGAAUAGUCAGACUACAUAUCCUUACAACCUUAAUCAUGACGUGGAUCUGCAAACCACAUUUUUCGAAGUGGUGAAUAACACCGAUAAUUUAGUAGAACAACCGGAUUACGGCGGUUUUCUACCAUACGAAGGCUCAAAUCGUUGUGAGAGCGAAGUAAACUGUGGUAAAUACUAUUCAGGAAUGGAAUCCGCUAACCGACAUCGUGAACCAACUGAUGAUUACUGCUAAAUUCCCCAAAACAUGAGUGUGCUAUCGAGGCUACCAAAAAUACCAAUCAUCAGUGAACAAUUUCUAGUUCAACCGAUCAUCACGGAAGACAUCCUUAAUAAAAGUAAAAUGGACACCAAAGAACAUAUUUUAGACGAGAUAGCAGUAAAACAAGGAGUAAUGGCGAAAUGGUCUUGAACUCGAGCCACGCGAUGAUGGGUUCAUGCUAAAUUGGCUGUGAAUCGCGCAGAGCAGGCUCUUGCCAAAAAGUAGUACUAAAAUGAAUAAUAGUUUAACCCACAAUCAUCAGGAAAGUGUACUGAAAUACGAUGAUAAUGAAGUGGUGCCAACGGGAAAAAUAUGAAACUGAAUAGCCAGGCAUUGACGACAAAUUUUCGUACCGAACAACUGGUCAACGUAAACAUAAAAAAGCAAAGUCCUGGCAUUACAUUCCUUUGGUGGAAUUUGGCCUUUCUGUUUCAACAGACUUCGCAACCGAUUUAUAGCCUACAGAAUCAUUGCAUGGCUAGUGCUACAAUCCUACUGACACUAAGAAUCCUUCCAGAUCGAGGAUCGAACAUAAACGUAAACGUAGCUACCUAUAUUCAGUGGUAUGAAAUUAGAUUACGUCAAACGAUUUCAUCCGAAUGACAGGAGCAAUAUCGACGCAAGGAACGCGGCUGCAGUUAUGUUCGCGUCGACGGUUCGGGAGCACCGGCACGCCAGAUCAAAUCGUCCUGUACCUGUCGGAUGGUCUUUCAUCCUUCCGAAACUCAAAUUUAACAUGAAAAAUAUCGCGACGAUUUUCGACACCAAGACGAUUUUCUACAUGAUCAUUUUAAUCGCUUUGGGGUAAAUAAAAAUCAUAACAGCGUUUCAGAAAAUGCAGAGCUAGAAAAUUGAGGAAACCUCUCACAUAUCCCAAACGGCGUUACACAAAAGUUACGGACUCUUCACGCAAGAAAUUACUUUUUUACGAAUACAUUUGGUACUAUGCGUCGAAAACUGAAGGUACAAAAGGAUACUACUCAUCGCAAUCAACUAGAAAAAUUUGUUCCUUCGAUGACGAGGAAUCACUAUUUCCUGGCAGUGGUAUUGCACCAGAGACACAAAUUCUUCCCGGACUACAGCCGAAAAGAAUAGGAACCAACCUGGCGCACGGCUUCGCUUUUACGAGAAUACGACUUCGGCAUGUACAUGUAAAAUGUACCCAACCAUGUGCGACGACUGACAACGCAGUGCACAGCAUGUGUCAACUAAUGUUAACUACAUGUGUAUAAAAAAAAACAAACCAUAUAUGCAUCCAA